AAAAACAAAACCAGAAAGAAUUUUAGAAACACCAAACCUCAAACGAUUAAUUUCAUUUUGUUUUCGUUUCUCUUGAGAAUGGUUGAUUUAGAUUGGAAAGCAAAGAUGGUGGCUUCAGAAAUCUCAAACAAAUCACCCGAACUAUCCAACAAGCUCAACGUUUUGAUUCCGAUGUCGAUUCAACUCUCCAAUAUACUAUCACCGGUGGUUUCGUCUUCCGCGUCGUCUUGUUCUGCUUAUGAGAACUAUCUCAGGCUACCGGAGCUGAAGAAGUUGUGGCAGUCGAGGGAGUUUCCGGAGUGGAGAAAUGAACCAGUUUUGAAACCAGGCCUUCAAGCGUUGGAGAUUACGUUUCGUUUUGUUUCGAUCGUGUUGUCUGAUCCAAGGCCUUAUGCGAACGCGCGCGAGUGGAAACGGCGGUUGCAGUCGCUAGCCUCCAGGCAGAUAGAGCUAAUCGCGAUGCUGUGCGAAGACGAGGUCGAGGACCAAGAGGCACAUGGUACUGCGCCGAUCGUGGAUCUAAGAUCGUCCAGCGGCGUACUCGCUAGGGAGGACAGCUACGCUGAGGUCUGGCAGAUUCCAGGAGAGACGUCGACCGUGGUGAAUCGCUCCAGCGAGGCCAGCCUGUUGCCUCGGCUCGCCACGUGGCACAAGUCGGAGGACAUUGCGCAGAAGAUCCUGUAUUCCGUCGAGUGCGAGAUGCGCGGCUGCCCGUACACUCUCGGCGUAGGUGAACCAAACCUCGCCGGAAAACCAAAUAUAAAUUACGACGCAGUCUGCAAACCAAACGAGCUCCACGCGCUGAAAAGGACGCCGUACGAUCACAUCGAGAACCACGAGAACCUGACUCUGUACACGACUCACCAAAUCCUCGAAUCCUGGAUACAAACAGCGCACGAGCUGCUAAACCGGAUUGUAGAGAGAAUCGACGCUAAGGAUUUCCGCAAAGCAUCAAGCGAUUGCUAUUUGCUGGAGAAUAUCUGGAAGCUCCUAGCGGAAAUCGAAGAUCUCCACCUCCUGAUGGAUCCGGACGAUUUCCUCCACCUGAAAAGCCAGUUACAGAUCAAAUCGACGCAGGAAAGGGAGGCGUUUUGUUUCCGGUCGACGGGAUUGGUCGAAAUCACGAAAUUGUCCAAGGAACUGAAGCACAAAGUACCGUCUAUCCUCGGCGUCGAGGUGGAUCCGAGCGGAGGGCCAAGGAUACAAGAAGCAGCAAUGAGGUUGUACAGCGAGAAGAAGGGGUUCGAGAAGAUUCAUCUGGUGCAAGCCUUGCAAGCGAUAGAGGCGGCGUUGAAGAGGUUCUUUUUCGCAUAUAAGCAGGUGUUGGUGGUGGUGAUGGGGAGCUUGGAGGCGAAGGGGAACCGAGUCGUGGCGAGUUCCAACUCAAACGACUCGCUGAGUCAGAUAUUUCUGGAACCGACUUAUUACCCGAGUCUGGAUGCGGCCAAGACGUUUUUGGGAGAAUUCUGGAGUCACGAAAGAGGAGAAUCUGGCAAGUAUCGAAGGAGGAAGUGAAAUAAUAUUUGUUUUUUUUUUUUUUUUUCUCUCGAAAGAAAAUUAAGUUAAAACAUCAAAUCCAUAGCCACAGAUCUAGAAAUGUUACUAUUAAUUAAUUAUUCUUUUGUAUUUAUAGAUUGUUCGUAAAAUUUUGUAGAAUUGCAUUUUUAUUUUUUCGAAAGGGUUUAUAAUUCAUUAUUGCCUUUUGUUCAUUAAUUAAUCUCCCUUAUUUUAUAAGGCUCAAUGAAGUCAGUAUUGUGAU